GGCUGAUAUCUGUCUCCUAGUAGCAAUUGCUUUUUUGCACAUACUCAAGACGAUUUCCCUGUUACUAUGAGUAUGUCCAUAUUAGCCUCUGUAAAUACUUACAAGCCCAGAACCCCCUGUCUUUAAACCAGUGGCUGGCUUGUUUGGUGCAUCUCAUCAGCUUCCAUGAUGGGUUUCGCUUCUGGGUAAUCAACAGGGGACUGAAGAGGAGAACCGCAAAGUUUCAAGUUAGUGAGGUAACUAAUCCGCUGACUAAACCCUGAUUUCGAGUGGUCUUGUCUCGUUGUCCUCUGCGAGUGCCAAGGGUUGAAGCCAAACGUAGCGGACGUCGAUAAACACUCAAACAAGAUGAUGGCGGACGAACAUCUAGUCUACCUAAUCUGACCUGUUUCUCCUACGACAAGGAUCUAUUGACCAUUGUUGCUCCUUACUGGAUACCUACAUAUACAUAGCUGACAACCUGCCUGCUUCACUCGAACCUCGGCCUCUGCUGGUCUGGUUCAGUUCAUUGUAACAUAGUGCAAAACUCCACUUGAUCAAACUCCCGCCGCUUCCAUCCAUCGCUGGUUAACUAUUCCCACUAAACUCCUCCAUUGCAACUACAUUCUCAGCAGGGCUUCUGUCCAUUGAAGCCCAAGGCCGCACUUAGGCUCACGACAUUCCUUAUCGUCUUCUUUGACCUCAAUGGUUUCGUCAUUGUGUUAGAUCUUGUACUCGUCGCAAUUGACGUACUCUUACCUUUACUUCUGCCGCAAAACCAUGAGCGACCCUCAACGCGAUGCCCCGCCGUUGAGCGCCCACAUUCCCGCUACCACCACGACCACGACGGUUCUGCCUACGACAAACGGCUCUGCCAAAGGCGACGACGUUCCCGAUGCCGGACUGAGAAGUCUCGAUCACUGUACGCCUCAGUAACGACCUCUCUCGCGCCACGCGCUUUGCUGAUUGCUCCUCUCGCAGACAAGCGCGCCCUGCCAAAAUGGCGGUACAAUCUACGCCAACAGAUGCUACCUCUGAUCCGCUGGGAGACACCCUACCUUGCGUGGAUGCAAGAGAAGUUGCGGACUCCAGCUCUCGAUAGCUACUUCGCCAUCACUGCCAACCUCGGAACCCAUACCUUCUUCAUGAUCGGAUUACCCAUCUGCUUCUGGUGUGGUUAUGCAGCAUUUGGCAAGGGAUUCUCGAGAUUAUAGGAUUUAACAGGCACUGACACGCUUCGUUGUGUAGACUUGUACAUAUUCUUGCGCUCGGUGUCUUCUGGACAGGCUUUAUCAAGGACUUCUACUCUCUCCCGCGACCACUUUCGCCUCCUUUGCACCGAAUCACGAUGUCUGGUUCUGCAGCCCUCGAAUAUGGUUUCCCUUCGACCCAUAGCGCCAAUGCCGUAUCUGUCGCUGUCUAUGCGCUUCUGAUACUACGCAGUCCCGAUAACACGCUAGCUCCAACCACGAAGUUCGCACUCGAAUGCCUCUCAUACUUCUACGCUGCUUCGAUCAUAUUUGGGCGCUUAUACUGUGGCAUGCAUGGCUUCCUCGACGUAAUUGUUGGGUCCUUCAUGGGUGCCGCGAUUUCUCUUCUCGAAUUCUACUACGGACCUCCCCUGGAUGAAUAUAUGCACUCCAGCUCUUGGGCUGCGCCUCUUGUAGCUGCCUUGAUUAUUCUUAUACUCGUACGCAUCCACCCUGAGCCGGCAGAUGACUGUCCAUGUUACGAUGACAGUGUUGCCUUCGCUGGUGUUGUCAUUGGUCUCGAAUUCGGCACUUGGACGUACGGCAAAAUUGCGCUAGAUCCUUGGGAGACUCAUGCGCAUGGAGGAGGAUCAGUGGAUAUUACGCACUUGGGAUUGACUGCCAACGUGGCUAGGAUCGUUUUCGGCGUUCUUGUCGUCUUUGCGUGGCGCGAGACGAUGAAGCCUCUACUGCUUAAGCUCUUGCCUCAUCUAUUCCGAAUAUUUGAACAGGUUGGGGUGAACAUGCCUCGACGGUUCUUCACUCCUGCUAGUAAGUAUAAGACUGUACCAACAGGCUCUCGUAUUGAUACGCUUUUCCCUUCGCCGUCCGACUUCCCACGCAUGGUUGAGAGUAUCCGAAACCCUACCACCCGAGGUCGCUCUGUGUCGAUUGGUCCUCAGAGUGCCGCAGAUGCAUACGAGACCUUGGCGUAUAGAGAGCGCAAGCGACGCGAGAGUGUCAGCAGUAACCAUAGCUUGAAGAGCAAGUCAAGCAACCUGGAGCUCCAGACCACGCAUGAAGACUAUUCUGGCAAGGGAGCUCAGGCGUCUGGUGCACAGGCAAACCGAAUCGUCGAAUUCGAGCAGAUGAUGGGGACCGGCGAGGUUGUGACAACACCAGCCGCCGAUGAUGAUCGGGUUGAGAUAUUUGUUACGGGUACCGAGGACGGGUUGGGAGAGCGGGAGAUGUUCUCGCAAUUAAUCAAACCUCGUGUGCGAUACGACGUCGAGGUCGUGACUAAGCUCGUUGUUUACACUGGUAUUGCUUGGUUUGCAGUGGCUAUUAUCCCCAUAAUGUUUGAGAUUGUGGGCUUGGGGACGAAUCAGUUACAUGAACGAUGAGUGAUGAGAUGAAAUGAGACAAGAGAGGCCACCGCUUUGUAUUAUUUUCCAGUGGCCUCCAGGAUGCAAUUAGACAUUCUUCUUUUUAAUGAACAUAUAAGGUGAUGAAUGAUGGGCGCUGGAAUGGUUUAUUGGUUAGGUAUGUCACCUUUGAGUUUCUGUGGGUGAUAUAUCUCAAGACAACUUGAGAGUUGCAAUUGAUACUGAGUUGUAUUCAUGAUAGGGUAUCCGAACAGUGCUAUAACAACAUUUGAUUUGAAAAUAAACAUCAUUCAAAAUAGCUGUCUCAAGGAAGAAUGAUACCUCAGUUAAAGGGUGU